AUGGAGGAACCAGAUUAUAAAUCUCUGCAUGUCAGAAGUGGACGACUGGCGGGGUUGGAUGUUAUUCUAGAGCCCAUUGUACCUUAUUUACGUCGUGCCGGUUUUCUUGGUGCUGCUCGGAUGGGUCGUAUGGAGAUUGAUAGUGCAUUAGUCACCGCUCUAGUCGAGCGAUGGAGACCAGAGACCCAUACAUUUCAUAUGCAGCCAGGAGAGGUUACUAUGACACUCGAGGAUGUUGCAAUGAUCACAGGCCUUCUUACGGACGGUGAACUUGUUACUGGCAUGUCUGAAACCCGCGAGUUGAAAGCUUUGGUACCACAGCUGCUUGGGAGGACCCCGAGUCCAGCUAAUUUUAAGGGUGGUUCUCUUAAGAUGUCAUGGUUGGAUGCAGAUUUUGCAAAUGUUGAGGAAUGGAUGGAUGAUGAAGAGAAUCUUCUCCGAUUCACGCGAGCAUACAUAUUACGACUUAUUGGAGGAUUUUUAUUGGCGGAUCACAGUGGUACUAAGGUGCACCUCCGAUAUCUACCUUUUCUUAGUGACUUGCAGGCAUGUGGACGAUUUAGCUGGGGAUCGGCAGUGUUGGCCUGCCUUUAUCGGGAGUUGUGCAUAGCAACCUCUCCUGAUCGGAUUGAAAUAUCCGGUGCAUUGGUCAUGUUGCAGAUGUGGGCUUGGGCUAGAUUUUUGUCCAUCGCUCCAGAUACUAUACCACCUCUCCUCGAGUUUGACGAUUCCACACCCGUUGGCAUAAGAUGGACCGGUCAUAAGACAAUUUUUCAUGAUCUAUCUUGGUAUCGAGAGAGGUUUGAUAGGAUGACCGAGAAGCAGAUUAUAUGGACUCCAUACGAAAACAUUGAUUUGCCAGAUCAUAUUCAGGAAAUAAGUGAUCGUUGGAGAGCAAUCACGCCAAUGAUAUGUUUUCAGAUUAUGGAGUACCAUCAACCUGAUCGUGUUAUGAGACAAUUUGUGCAGAUUAUCUGGUGUGCAUGUUAA